AUUUUGAGCGGAUAAAUUGGAUUGUGAUAUAUUUUGUUUUGUUGGUUUUUCCCCCCUGAAGAAUGAAUCGUUUGUAGAAAUAAAUAAAUAAAAGCUGCUGCACCGUACGGGCUCAUCCUACAAUCACCGCGGAACGGGAUUCAUUCAGCCGAGGCGAGCGGAGCACAGCCUGGUGAGACGAUGCCAGCGACGUAAAAAUCACAACAUCUGCAGGGUGUGCAGCCAAGGCUGCUGGAUUAAGCCUCAGGAGAAGGACUGGGCCUUUGUAGGCUACAUACAGUAAGGCUACAGAAAAGCCCAUGGGACGGCUGUUGCCUUCACCAUACUGCGAGAGAAGGUAAAAUAAGGACAGUUGUAUUCUCGGAGGCCUUUGGAGAACACAGCCUGCUGUUCAUCAUGACAGAUUGACAUUUACAGGGUUUUGCGGUGCGUUUUCAUACACGACCUCAUUAAGGCAUCCACUGAGUUCCGCACAAAUUAGGACUGAAGUACUAGCGCCGUGAAAAACCCCAUCUAUAUAAAGGUAUCACAUGUUUGUGCCAUGAUUUGGCCUCCGGUGCUGUCGUGAUUGCACACAUGACAUCUGGAACACACUGGAUGCAGAUGAAGAUAAGGAUGUGGUGCCUCUGUGUUGAGCAUUGAAGCACCCAACUAACUCAGCGCUUUUAAUAGAUUCUCAGGUACACUCCAGGUGUAGGGUUUUUUUAUUAUAGAAAAUGGGUAGCGAAGGUGAGAUCAUAAAUAGAGAACUGUCAAAGAUGUCUGACGAGGACUUGCUGGCGUGCUCCAAAGAGGAGCUGGUGAGCCGGCUGCGUAAAGAGGAGUCGGAUAAAAUAUCAGCUCUCAUCCAGCGAGGACGGCUGAUAAAAGAGGUAAACAAACAGCUGCAGGGACACCUCCUUGAAAUCAGGGAACUGAAAGUCAUCAAUCAGCGCCUGCAGGAGGAAAACGUGGAGCUGCGGGACCUAUGCUGCUUCCUGGACGACGACCGGCUCAAAGUGAAGAAGCUGGCCAGGGAAUGGCAGUUGUUCGGGCAUCACGCAGCCAAAGUGAUGCGGGAGGACCUGGGCGGUUAUUUGAAAAAGCUCGCCGACCUGGAGCGCAUGCAGGACGGGCUGGUGAAGGAGAAUCUGGACCUGAAGGAGCUGUGCCUGGUCCUGGAGGAGGAGUGUGUGAGCAGGAGUGACUCCAGCCCUGGGGGGUCCACCGAGCUUAACAUGCCCUGCAUGGUGGCCCGGGACCUCGGGGACGGAAGCUCGAGCACAGGCAGCGUGGGAAGCCCAGACCAGCUUCACCUGGUGUGCUCACCUGAUGACUGAUGGCAGGUUUAUGUCAGCUGUCAGGGCUUCUGCGACACAAAUGAGGAAGUUGUAGACUAGGAGUGAUAUGAUUGACUGAAUGGAGACGCAGAAGCUUUGUCAGACAGUACAAAUUAAAUUGGUGCAAAAGCAUGAGGGCCUUCUGAAUGCUGCAAAGAUGUGCGUGCCACUAGGUUUUGACUUGACAAAGAUUCUACCACAAUAGACAUUUUCAGGACUUUACAAAGACAUUUAAUAGGUGUUUGCCAGAUGACAAUGUAUCUAAAUUUUACAGUGUUUUUUCUAAUGAGUCUUCUGUUUUUUCAGAAAUUCUCCUUUUUCAGUGGUCUGUUGAAAAAAAAAAAGGGUCACAUAUAUAAAUUUAUCUCAUGCACUGGACUAGUCAACACUGGUAGAAGCCUUUUUCUCUUGCACUGGACAGCGUUAUGAUGGAUCUAAAGAUUCAUUUCAAUCCAGUUUGAGCCAUAUUUAGUCCACUGAAUUCCAGUAGCACUGAAAUAGACCAGUUGUGAUAAAAGAACAUAUGAAACUAUUUGAUAUUUGCUUUUGCUAGAUGCCCAAUAAUGUGUAAUAUUUUAUGCACUCUCUUCCUCAGGACAGGAUUGGAGUGCCAUAUGUGCAUGAUGAUUGUCACAAUUUGUACAGGCUUGUUAACCAGUCUGAUGUGAAGGCCCUUCAGGUUUACUGUGGGUGGGGCUGCUGUGCAUAAUGUACAUGUGCUAGAGCCAGGGCAGAGCCAGCACACUUGUUAAGGUUUUGAAUCAGACAUGAUCGAUGUCCCUGGACCUCACUCAGAGCUGAAUAAGUUCUGUCACUUUUUUAAAUCCAACUGAAAACUCUUUGUAUCAAACUGGAAGGUCUAUAAGUUUUAAUGAUUUAUAUUCUAUUCUAUUCAAACCAAGCUGUUUAAAUUCACUUGUAUUACAUUUUUUAAAUUACGUUGUUGUUGUUGUUGAUGUGCAAUUAGCAUACAUGCACAGAGUUUGUUUAAGUUGGCAAUGGUCGGCUUCAUCUCCUGUAACUCAUGCUUUCUAUUUACCCUGUAACAUUAGGGAUAAUCUUAACUUUGACCCUUCUUUAUCUUGAUUUAGCUGUAUUAACUAGCAUUACUAACCGAUUUCAUUUAAAAUCAUAGAUACAUGGAUUAGAAAAGAUUUAUUUUGUCGUUAGCUGUUUAUUGGUGGGCUAUGCUCGUAGUGCAUUGAAGAGCUUUAAAUACAGUGGGUAUGACACUU